GCCAUCUCCGGAGCCUUGGAGUUCUGGGGGGAGGGAAGCUGUCAAACCGAGGCCGAGAGAAAUGAGGCGGAGGCUGCAGAGAACCGUGGAGCCCCGCCUCUCUGCUAUGGCGGCCUCCGGCGCCGCCUCUUCCUUUACGGCCUCCCGCCCUCGCCUGCUUCCGGCCCUGUAACCAGUCCCGACUCCGGCUCCCUCGGGAGUGUCCCCGGGGCCGAGGCUCGUUUGGGGUGAGGGUCGACGGCCCGACCCCAGUAGGGCCUGUGUCCAAAAGCAGCAGGCUCCGGACAUGGCAAGGCUGGCAAAAGGCGGCUCCUGGCUCGGGACGGCCCGCGAGGCCUUAGGCCUUGAGGAUCCUGGUUCUGAGCGACUUUACCCCACCGAGGAUGUUAAUUCGAGGGCCUCCAGUUAACAGGCUUCCUCAAAUUCCCAGAUAGGGCCCACCUACCGUAAGCGUACCAGCAAGAGCUCUUAUCAUUGGAGGAAGUACUGGACUAGGCUUUGGAGACCUGGGUUAUGGUCCUGUGUGGGAAAGAGAGUGUACCCUUUGACUGGGGGUGAGGUUUAAAAAGCAGAGAACACGAGACUGUUUUUAAAGUCGUCUCGGUUGCGUCGCGUGGCCUCGGUGAGCCUCAGUUUCCACAUCCAUAAAAUGGCGAUGGUAAUUAUACGGGCCUUACAGUGUCUAAUGAGAUCUCUGAAGCCUGUUUAUCUCACGGGAAAAUAAAAGACUAAAACUAUUUGAUCCGUAAGUGCCCUGCCAGUCAAGAAAGUCAGUGAUUUGGCAAGGGCCUUGUUUGUUGGAAAGUGAGAUUGGCAAAUAGCUGAGAGGGAGAAUUGACUGGCUUUCUUUUGCUUGUUGUAUCUGUGAACUAAUUGUGGGCUACAAAUUUCCUGUGGUCGCAGAGGCCAGAGCUUGACUCUGAAAAGAGGAAAGGAAGAAUCAAGUCUGGUCAAGAGGCAGAGAAACCCGAGGAAACUCAGUUCUGGUAGCAACACUCCUGGAUUCCUGGUGGUGUGGUGGUGAGAUUAUGUGGCCCCUGGAUCCAUCACGGAAAGAGGUGCUUAGGUUUGCGGUCAGCUGCCGUGUCCUGACUCUGAUGCUGCAGGCCCUCUUCAAUGCCAUCAUCCCAGAUCACCAUGCAGAAGCCUUUUCUCCUCCCCGCCUAGCUCCCUCAGGCUCUUUGGACCAGCUUGUGGAAGGUCUUCUGGGUGGCCUCUCUCGCUGGGAUGCUGAACACUUCUUGUUCAUUGCUGAGCAUGGAUACCUCUAUGAGCACAACUUUGCCUUCUUCCCCGGCUUCCCCCUGGUCCUGUUGGUGGGAACUGAACUAUUGAGACCCCUAAGGGGGCUCCUGAGCCAGCGGAGUUGCCUGCUUAUUUCAGUAGCAUCACUCAACUCCUUGCUCUCUGUGCUGGCCACGGUCGCACUUCAUGACCUGAGCUGUGUGGUUUUGCGCUGUCCCCGCCAGGCCUUUUAUGCAGCAUUGCUCUUCUGCCUCAGCCCUGCCAAUGUUUUCCUGGUAGCUGGUUACUCGGAAGCUUUGUUUGCCUUCCUGACAUUCAGCGCCAUGGGGCAGCUAGAGCGGGGACGAAGCUGGACUAGUGGGCUCCUCUUUGCUCUUGCUACUGGAGUGCGCUCCAAUGGACUGGUCAGUGUUGGCUUCCUCCUGCAUAAUCAAUGCCGAGGCUUUUUCUCUUCUCCUGUGGUGCUGAACCCCCUGAAACAACUCUUGAAGCUGAUGGCUUCUGGGUGCCUGUCAGUUCUCACACUCAGCCUUCCCUUUGCCCUCUUUCAGUAUUAUGCCUACACCCAGUUCUGUCUGCCAGGCUCAGCCCAUUCCAUUCCUGAACCCUUGGUGCAGUUAGCUGUGGACAAGGGCUACCGGAUUGCAGAGGGAAAUAAGCCACCGUGGUGCUCCUGGAAACUUCCUCUAAUAUAUAACUAUAUCCAGGAUGUAUACUGGAAUGUUGGCUUUCUGAGAUACUAUGAACUUAGGCAGGUACCCAAUUUUCUACUGGCUGCACCAGUGGCUUUAUUAGUUGCCUGGGCAACUUGGACAUAUGUGACCACCCACCCUUGGCUCUGCCUCACACUUGGGCUUCAAAGGAACAAGAACAAUAAGGCCCUAGAGAAGCCUGAUCCUGGCUUCCUCAGUCCACGGGUGUUUGUGUACCUGGUUCAUGCUACAGUGCUGCUGCUGUUUGGAGGUCUGUGCAUGCAUGUUCAGGUUCUCACCAGAUUUUUGGGCUCCUCCACUCCUAUUGUGUACUGGUUUCCAGCUCACUUGCUUCAGAAUCAAGAGCCACUGUUGAGAUCCUUAGAGACAGAGUCUUGGACGCCUCUUGCGGAAGACUUCCCACCAAGACAAAAAAUACCCAGAAAUUCUAUCAUGGAACUUUUGUACAACUGGAAAACCUGCUCUUCAGUCACUCGAUAUAUCCUAGGUUACUUCCUGACUUACUGGCUCCUGGGACUACUCUUACAUUGCAACUUCCUGCCUUGGACAUGACCUGGAGUCUCAAAGGACAGACUAGAAGCCAACUUAAUUCAUCUUCUUCAAAGUUAAAAGACAGACCAGGACCAAGCAUGGUGGCACACCCCUGUAAUCCCAGCAACUCAGGAGACAGAGGCAGGAGGAUCAUAAAUUUAAGUCCAUCCAGAUAACUUGUUGAGACCCUGUUUUAAAAAAUAAAAAUGGCUGGGGAUAUAGCUCAGAAGCAGAGCACCACUGGGUUCAAUCCUCAUUACCAGAAGAAGAUAACACACAGGGACUGCCUGCACUGCCCUGGGAUCGUCCUUGUGGGCAUUAGAACCCCUUUGUUUUUGGAGACUGGUGAGCCAUCAAAGAGCCUUUCUGGUCCUGGCUGGAGCAAAUUUUAAGAGUAGUAACUAUUUUCACUGUAAGUGAUGAUACCUUACUCAAGUCUAAAGUACACCUGCAUCUGUCUAGUCAGCCAACAUAGCAGGAGACAUUCUUAAACCUGCCACUUUAAAUUUAAAUACAGAUUAUUUAAAUGUGCAUUUCA